AUGCAAUUGUUCUUGACUAUCAUUAUCCUUGAAAAUAUUCGAAUCGAAGAAGAUAAUGGUGCAAGAGCUUUAGAAUUGUUUCAGGUUGGAGAAGAAGAUUCCAAACAAGAAGAUCUUCUCCAUAUCCUACAAAUAUUAGAACGUAUGGGAAGAUCUACUUCGAUUUCACCAGGAAAAACAUAUAAUAUGCUUCAUUUUGAACAACAAGGCGAUCCACGACUCAUUAUUUCAUCUUUUAUGAACCCACAUUUAUGCGGGAUUCAAUUCAUUGAUGAGAAUAAUCAAGCUCAAUGUGUUAACAUGUUAAAACUUCCUGAAGAUGGAAAUUUCAAAGAAUAUUUCGAGAAUAAGAAGAUUACUCAUGUGAAUAGAUACCUCUUCAUUGCAAAUGACCGCGAAUCUCAAGAAGCUCAGCCAGACCAAAUUGAACUGCUUCAUGAACAUUCACAUAUCAUAUUUAUCAGAUUUGCCAUUGUUUCACUUACACUCGGAAGAGAUGGUCAUGCCUCUUUUAAAUUUUAUAAGAGACUUGAUUUACAAGGCGAAUAUGUUGUGAUCGAUGAAAAUUGGUGUUAUGUGAUCCCAAGAGGAGGAGCAAUCGGAUAUCAAUUAUUAUCAUUGUAUGUCAGAGGUAAGGAUGUUGAAAUUGAAAAUUAA